GUUUUGUGCUUUGUUGAUGUUAUUGUGAGUUGAACCAGUUUUUGUUCAUUUUUUACGGAAGUGUUUAUUAAUGUAUAAUUAGCGAGUUCAUCAUGUCCGCAACUACGGUGAACGUUGUAGUGAAUUCGCCUCCUGCCUACAGUGAAACGAGCACUCAGAUACACGUUGUACCUUCUAUUUCCGGAGCACCACCUACAUAUGAAGAAGCGAUAAAUCCAAAUGCCCCACCUCCGUCCUAUGAUUCAUUGUUUGGAAGAGUGAGGGAAGCCAGAAAGUCAAGCAAGGGCGCUCUUGAAUUCUUGAAAAAUGUAAUCAUCAUAAUAUUAGGGACACUUGGUUGUACAAUAAUAUUAGGAGUCACGAUAGUUAUUCCAAUAUGUAUGAUUGUUAUGGGAGCAAUCUAUUUGCAUGAGUGUCCUCAGGGAGAGUACAUUCCAGUAUACUUGUUAGUUGGAGGUAUAUUUGGCAUUGUAAAGCAGCUAUUACACUUAUCAGCUAGAGUAAGACAAACUGAAGAAGAAAGAAGAGAGGAGAAUUUAAGACAAUCGCCAACUCAAACACUACUGAAUUGUUUUAUGCUCGGAUGGUUUAUUAUUGGAUCCGUAUGGGUGUACAAAGAAUAUGAACCAAAUUACGAUCCUGUGAAUGGUAUAUACUGUAAUAAAAACUUAUACAUGUUUGCUUUUUGGCUCAUUACUUCGGUGUAUAUUUUAUUAGGUGGUAUAACUGUCUGUUUAUGUUCAAUCAGUCUGGCAAUCAUAUUUUACGCUGAUAACCCAAUAUCCUACUGAGCUUCAAACAGUGUAAGAUUAUCUGUAUUUUCUUAAUGACUGAAAAUAAUUUGGUUUGAUAAACUAUUACAUCGUGAAAGUAAUUAUGGCUUCUUUUGAUGAUGCCUAAGUGUCUCCUACGCUAAGGAUUUUUUUGAUACUCGAGUGAAGUUGACAAUUUUCAGGAAAAAGUUGACGCGAACAGUACAAUCUGGCUUUAAAGUGCGCAAGAUACUUGGGAAUUGUCAGGGAUGCCGACGUAUUUCUAAAUUAUUCUAGUAUUUCUUUGAAUCCUACCUAAAUGGCUAAAUUCGUAAAACAAAAAUAUACAGAAACACGUUAUAUAGAAUUCUCUAGAUCGCGCAUUGUAAUCUGUAAAAGGCGUUGAUAGAGCGAACUGGCACAAAAUAACGGUACGAUCGAAGGCAUUUGGAUUGUGAGAUAUUUCUUCAGUAUUCGGGAAAUUUUGAUAGAAUUUCGACCGGCCAUUUAGUACUGAGACUCAUUGCCAUCUGGCAUAUUUCCAGUGUUCUCUAGUAGUAAAAUUUGUAAAUAACAAAAAUAACAUUCCUUGUGAAUUAUAUUGUACAAUUCACGUAAUUUUCAGCCGUUCUACGUAGGACUCAGAUAAUUGAAAGGUUCUCCACUUUCAGCAAACAUUGAAAAUACACUAACGUAGUUACACGUUAAAUUACAUACGAAGGUUGAUCACUAUGCUCCGCCUCUAACCCCGUUACAGUCAAGCUAGGUUGGGUUAGGUUUCUAGUGAGUGCAUCACUAACAGUUGCUCCACUGCGACUCUUUGGUUUAUCAGUAAAGCAAUGUAUAUUUUUUACUUUUCUACAUGACCGCAUUAACAUAGCUGAAGCAUUUCAAUAGCCUCGCAAAAAAAAUUGUCCGAAUGCUGAAAACAACUCCUCUACGGCAGAUAUCACAUGUUGAUUCAAAGCCGUUUUGUUGUUGUUACCAUUACAUGUGGAGCACCACCAUAUUGGUUUUCACAAGAUGUUACUUCACUUGAAAUUCCGAAGACUGCAUUCGACUGUAUCAUGAGAAACUGCACAUGCAUACUUUUUUUUACCAACCAAAAACAUGUAGCGUCAAAACUGUUUGACAUAUAAACUUGAUAUUUCGUUAACAACCUACUAAAAUUACUUGUUUUAUUAACAACAUUCAUCUGCAGAGGGGUUAGGGGCGGAGCAUAGUGAUCAACCCUCGUAGGAUUGAUCACAAUAUCAUUUUUAGUGGGCUUUAACUUGUCUUGGAUAUUUGGCUCAAACAUUGACACUUAGGCAUAUUUGCUAUAUGCACUGGAGACCAUCUAACACUGUAACUGUAAAAACUACCAACACUAUGUUGAUGGACUAAAGAAAAUACAGAACAGUCUUACAAGUCUCUGUCCCCUCAAUUAUUUGGAACAAAUUAAUUUGAAGAAGCUUCUGCUUGUAUCUGUGAUAUAUUUCUUAAACAUUAUAAAAUACUUAUUUUUAGAUAUUUUUAAUCGUUAGUAUUGUGUUAUAAAGUGUAGGAAAUUAUCAACGGUCAACAUUCAUUUUUUAUUGUUACAUAUUUAUUUUUGUGCAAAAAGGUUUCAGGACAAACAAAUAAAUGGGUCAUAUUAUGACUACACCUUUAUAAGGUAUUAUUUUAUGGAAGACUGACAUGUAAAUAGUCAAAAUAUAAAUAACAUUUUCAAAGUACUAUGUCAGAUAACACCUUUAAAUGCAAUAAUGUUUACGUACCUUAGGAAAUUGGGAUUAUAUUUUAGAAAAAACAUAUCAGUUCAAAUAUCUGUACCUAAGAGCCAGGUUAAGUCCAGAUAAGUAGUUUUGAGAUUGAAUUGUAUUUGAAAUAUUUUUCUUGUAUUGUAUUGUAUGCUACUUAACAUGAUUUACAAAGUCGUAACUUCCUUAUUAAUACAGAUUGAUGGAUGCUGCAAGUAGAAAGUGAAAAUUAACAAUAUUAUCAUAAGGUUAACAUAUAAGACGCAUUUUUGACAAAAAUGGACUUAACCUAAUCUGGCUCUGGGGUACAGAUUUUCAUGUUUACGAGUUGUUUAUUUGAGUUGAGGAAAUUUCUCUUUAUAGAAUGUUUACUCCAUAUGAUAAGAUUUCAGUUUACUGGAAGGCAUUUCGACCACCAUUUUAGUCUUCUUUAAAUACAAUUGACAUCUUGUCUUCCAGAUGGCAUUUCGUUUGUUUCUUCCUUUUUCGCCUUUAUAUACAGUGUGUUACUUCAGUAGUCUUUUAAGAUGCCAUCUCAGCAAGUUUCAGGAUCGUUCAGACUGUAGUAACACACUGUAUAGGAAUGUGAAAAAUGAAUCGAUAUGUCAUCUGGAACACCUAAAACAAAUUAUAUUGUCACAGCUGUCAAUUAUACUUGAAAAAGACCACAGAGGUGGUCGGAACGUCGUAAAAUAAACUGAGAUCUAAACAUAUAUGUGGUUUUGAUUGGGCCAGACAAUGAAGUCCUAUGAAUGUGAAAACCACAGUAUAAGUUUCAGGAGUUGCUUUAUACAAUGUGGCCGAGACGUCCAUAAAAAGCUCUUAGGGACAGAUAGAACAUAUUUAACCACUCAUCUAAAGAAAUUAUGCGAUAUAUGAUAUCCUUAGCAUUAAUUUUAGAUACCCCAAAAAUUUUAAUUUAUCGGUUAAUAUGACGAUAUUAUUUGGUUGCACCCUGAGAACCAGUUUUAUUGAAACUUUGUCUACAUUUAUUAUACAGAGUGGUCCGUAGUGAAUGCGCCAAAAACCAGUUCCAGAUUAAAUGCAUCAAAAUAAGGAUAUUGAGACCAAUACACCUUAAUAAAAUGUAGCUCGUUAUUGGAGCUUAAUUUUCAUACUGUAAAGUGGGGCAACUUUGUAACACUUUUUUAGGUUUUUUGAUGAUUUAUUUCAUAUUGUUUGAAAUAUUAUAAUUUAAGAUAUUAAGAUAUGCCACCAUAUAGACUCAUCUUUUUUCUAUCUCAAAUAGAAAAUGUAAUUCAAUAAAUGUCAUAGAACUCGAGAAAAUGACAGAAAAAGUUGUCACAAAUUAACCCCAUAGGUUGGGGUUACUUUAUGACAUGCAAUUUUUGUAACUAUAUCACAAAGAAACACACAUGCUUUGUUUAAAAAAAUAAAAAGUAUAAUAUAUAUAUAUAUAUAUAUAUAUAUAU